AUGAACUCCCAGCUGCAGAAGGCCAUGGAGGGCCUCAUCGAGGUGUUCCACUCCUACUCCGGGAAAGAAGGAGACAAGUACAAGCUGAGCAAACUGGAGCUGAAGAGCCUCCUGCAGGGGGAGCUGGCCGACUUCCUGUCUGCCAGCAAGGACCCCCGCGUGGUCGACAAGAUCUUCUCCGACCUGGACGAGAACAAGGACGGCGAGGUGGACUUCCAGGAGUUCGUGGUCCUGGUAGCCGCGCUGACCGUCGCCUGCAACGAGUUCUUCAUCGACUGCCACGCCGUGGGCGGCGUGAAGAGCCAGGAGCAGCCCGCCUCCAAGAAAGUCUAACAUCACGACAUUUAAAUCGAUAAUUCCCUGCGUACGUCGGGCGUUUUAGGGAUGAGGCUCAAGCCCCGCCCCCUUUGUAAUGAUGAAAUCACCUGGUGCAAACCUUUUGUUGU